AUCUAUAAUUCGAGGAACUUUGACGUCGUCGAGCAUACUGCAUCGAUAACGAACUUUUGGUCGGGUCGGCCCUUUUCCACUGUCACCAACUAUUUCUACGUAUUCUCUGUGUACUUGGGUUUUCUUCAACCGGUGAUGCAGUCAGAUAACUACAAGCCCAGCCAGCGAGCAUUGGCAUCCCUGAAGCGAGGAAAGGCGUGGGAUUGCAUAAGAAAAGUACAUGAAUAUCCGAUAUAUGAUCCGAAGCUGAGACCUCAUGGAAUUAUCAAUCUCAUGGGAGCGCACAACGACUUGGUGAAGGAGUGGUGGGAAGAAUACGUCAAGAAUACUAAUCGUGAUGGCAACACCGUCAAGGAACUCUCCUAUGGAAGCCCCGUGGGCUCCGGAGCACUACGAACAGCCGCGGCCGGUUUCUUUAACCGCAUGUUCAAUCCCAGCUCGCCGGUCAAACCUUCGGAUUUACUUGCAACAAACGGCGUUACGACUGCCAUCGAUCUUCUGGCCUGGUCCAUCUGUGAACCCGGCGACACCAUCUUGUACCCGACGCCGAACUUCUAUAUGCUUGAUUUCGACAUCGCUUCCAGGAACGGUGUGGUUAGCACUCCAGUUGCGGUCGAGCGAUCCAUCCAUGGAGAUCCAUUCGCACCAACCAAGGAAGCUGCCGCAGAACUUGAACUUGCCUUUGAAAAAGCCAUCGAUGAUACCUCCGCCAGGGGACUUCGCUGCCGUGCCAUAUUCCUCUGCAAUCCGGCUAACCCUCAAGGUCGUUGUUAUUCAUCCUAUGCUCUAGACCGACUGGCACAGCUGUGCACGAGGCGACACAUGCACCUUAUCGCUGACGAGAUCUAUGCAAUGUCAAACUUCUCGCACGGCAGGGAGCCCUUCUCGUCUGUAUUAAGUGUUCCAGAAAGUAGUUCCGAUCACUGCCAAAAUUUGCAUUGUCUGUAUGGGUUAAGCAAAGACUUUUCUCUCGGCGGCUUGCGUAUAGGUUUCGUCGUAACCAGGAAUGAGCAGAUUAGACGUGUAUUGGAAAGAACUGCUAUGCUCGCAUGGAUUUCCAACAAGUCGGACAUUUUUGCCACCAAGUUUCUUCAAGAUCUCGAUCUAGUGGAACGCUACGUCCGGACGUCGCAGUCCCGGUUGGCUGGAGCGUAUACAUCGGCAUCGCAAGCUCUACAUCAGGCUCGAAUCCCGUUCAGACCGGCAACUGCGGGUCUAUUUAUCUUUAUAAAUCUUGGCGACUGGCUUCAGUACUUUCCGCAGUUGGAUACCGUUUGCGAACAAGGUUUGAAGGCACCUGCCAUUCAAGACGUACGAGAAACAGUGCUCUGGCAAUGGCUUGUAGAUCACGGUGUGGCUUUGAAUCCAGGACAGUACGCGGAGUCAGACCACCCCGGUUGGUUCCGUCUUGUAUUCUCGGAAGAUGUGGCGGCCACUCAAGUCGCGAUCAAGCGCUUAAGAGUGGCUCUGGACCUUCUGAAGGGUAUGACCAGUCGUCACAACAUAGAGCAAUGAUAAGUUCCAACAGUCGGAGGAGCGGGAGACAAAUGAGCUUGGCAGGUCUGAAUUCGACGAAGAGUCAUCUGACCAAACUUCUAACAAAGCUGGAUUUCGAGAUAUCGCUCAAAGGUUCUUCUCACGUCAUCCAUUCACGUGGAACUAAAUUCGUUGGAACAAAAUAUAUUUUUUUCUUCUGUAAAGUAGACAUAAUGAUGAGCAACCCACUUAGCC